AUGUCCUUUGCGGCGGUUCUCGCCCAGAGGCUCAACAUCAGGGGCCGAGUCUACCCGGCGAUCCUCCCUGUAGACGGCAACAAAGUCCCUGGAAAGGUUUGGAAGGGGAUCACUGAUGGGGAGCUUGAUGUGCUGGACACAUUUGAAGAUGAAGAGUAUGUGAGGGAAGCUGUUGGCAUCUCACUGACCGAUUCGUCGGAUACAAUGAUCGCCUAUGCAUACAUAUGGGGGAAUGUAGAUGAUCCUGACCUCUAUAGUGAAUGGGAUUUUGACGGGAUAUUUCAGUAG